AUCAACAAUAAGCAAUCUAAAAACUCUAAGCUUCAAAAAAAAUCAGGACUUAUAAACAAAAAUGGCUUUGGUGAGAAGUUUCUUUGUUGCAAAGAAGAUAUUUGGAGGCUCAUUAGCCGGAACGAGGAAGUCAACUUCAGCACCAAAAGGGUUUCUUGCAGUAUACGUAGGGGAGAGCCAGAGGAAGCAAAGAUACUUAGUGCCAGUCUCAUACUUGAGGAACCCAUUGUUUCAAGAUCUUCUCAGUAAUUCCGAGGAAGAGUUCGGAUAUGAUCAUCCGAUGGGCGGCUUGACGAUCCCUUGUCCUGAAGAUACCUUCCUCACAGUAACUUCUCGGAUCCAAGGAUGAUCAUCAUUAAAGGAAAAAAACUAAACACUUUUCUUACUGUAGAUAUAUAGAUGACAAUUAUUUCAUUUUUCUUGCUGAAAAUUUUGAUCAUGUAAAUGCCAGUUUUGUGUGAUAAUUAACGAUGGAAUCAAACAAAAGAUCCAGAGAGAUUUCUAACUUUUGUUUAUAUGAUGUGUUUAUCAACAGUUAUAUACUAAAAAAUCGGAACGUUUUGUCAUG